AUCUCAUCUCACAAUGGCGGGAGUUACCAAAGAGGAGAUUGACGAUAUCCUCGCGAGCGUCGAUGCCGCUGAGGCGGACAGAGCGCUCAACUCGUGCGACGAGGACGACUCCGACCUCGACGCACCCAUGCCCCUUCCCCCGACCCAGCCGGUCCCGGCGCCAACGAUCCGCCCCAGCGCCCCGGCGCUUUCCCGUGCUCCUUUGCGCGUUGCCCCGCCGAACCGCGUAGCCGAUCCUGCGCGGGGACGCGUCGUAUACGCCGCGCCCAAGGCCGCGGGCGACGCACACUACUACAUGGUGCAAUGGCGCCGUCCACAAAACAAGAAGCCAGAAACAUGGGACGGCGACGCUUUCAUUAAAGUUGAGGGAAGCCGGGUGACGAUGAUCUCGGAGGAAGGCAAGCACAUGGCGACAACCUCGCUCAUUGGCGGCUUGCCUGGACCGGGCUCGGAGAUGCGUAUCGGCCAGAUGGACUGCGAAGUCGACCGCGCCGUGUCCUUCGACGAAUUCUCCCGUGCGACCUGCUGCCUUAACAAUCCUGCGAACGCACCGCUCAACUCUCCUGUGUAUCCAUCUUCACGCCCUGGGGGUACACCGAAGCUGUUUAAGCCUCCCGUCGCGACUGGACGAAGCACGAGUACGCUGAUCUCGCGCGCAACACCGUUGAACUCUCCACUACACCGUCCAUUUGUUCCCGUCACUCCAUCAGCUGGACCCUCUAGAAGGGCUGCCACACCAACUGCCGUCUCCGCCUCUACCGGUGCUGUGGUUGUGGAACAGCCUCCUCCACAGCCUGCAAGGUCAUUCUAUGGCCAGCCUGCCAAGCCCGCGAGGAAGAUCUUCAUCGGUGAUAAGCUUGAUAGAGAGCGCAAGGCAUGGGGUGGCGCCCUGCACGACCCAAAAGCUCCAGGUGCACUGGUGCUGUCGCGACCACCGGAGUCGGAGGCGAAGCGCUUAGGCGUGACCAUCAACGAUGUAGUCGUCGACCCCUCCAUCGCGGAGAAGCUGCGUGAUCACCAGCGAGAAGGUGUUCAGUUCAUGUACCGCUGCGUUAUGGGCAUGACAGGCGCGAAUGGGACUGGGUGUAUUCUCGCGGAUGAGAUGGGCCUAGGGAAAACGCUGCAGACCAUCGCUCUAGUCCACACCCUUCUUAAGCAGUCACCAUGGUCUAACGAGGCGAAAGUGGUCAGCAAAGUCCUCAUCGUCUGCCCGGUGUCGCUUGUGAACAACUGGGCGCAGGAGUUCAAGAAAUGGGCGAAGAGCGACAUCACGGUCGUUCCCGUGGGAGAUAAGGAGGACAACCGGACUCGGGCCUUCCCCAACAAUGCGAGUCUUCAAGUUAUGAUCAUUGGAUAUGAAAAGCUCCGCAAGUACAUCAAGGUUCUUAAAUCCUGUGUACCUCCCAUUGGCCUGGUCGUCUGCGAUGAAGGACAUCGUCUCAAAUCCAAGGACAACAAGACGACGAAGAUGUUCGACCGACUUUCCUGCACGCGGCGCAUUCUUCUUACUGGCACCCCCGUCCAGAACGAUUUGGGAGAGUAUUGGGCAAUGGCAAGUGCUCGCGAGCGGCUACUUGCUGACCAGAAGGCCGACUUCGCCUGCCCAGGGGUUUUCGGCAAUUAUUCCGCAUUCGCGCGCCAAUUCGAGAAACCCAUUUUGAAGGCGCGUACACCUAAUUGCAGUGCGAAGGAUUCUGAGUUGGGUCUGGAUCGCAGCGAGCAGCUCAAGGAAUUGUCGCUGGAAUUUGUGCUGCGUCGCACAUCCGAGGUGCUUACCAACUUCCUGCCUCCGAAGACCGAGUACGUUCUCUUCGUCGCUCCCUCAAAGCUGCAGCUGGAGGUCUUCAAGCGCCUUCUGGGAGGGCCACGGGACGUGACGGCUAUGCUCCGCGGCAUGAGUAGCACGCAGAGCCUCGCGACGAUUGAUCUCCUGCGCAAAGUAGCCAACUCCCCUACGCUUCUGCGCAAGAAGGAAGACGGCAGCCACGAUGACGAAGCGCUCGACAUACUGCAGUCUGCUCUUUCUGUCAUUCCCCCAAAAACUAGAACGGUGGACGCGACCAUCAGCGGCAAGUUGACAGUUCUCGAAAACAUCCUCCGCUCCGUUGCCUACGCGCGCGAUGAGAAGAUCGUAGUGGUUUCGAGCUGGACGACUACCCUCAACCUUAUCCAGGAUUUGUGCAUCCGCCACCGCUACGAUUUCCUUCGCCUGGACGGAAGUACGCCACAGAAGCAGCGACAGGAGCUUGUUGACAGGUUCAACCGCCGCCCCGUCCAGGACAGCAUGGUCUUCCUUCUCAGCGCAAAGGCGGGUGGUGUAGGGCUUAACCUCAUUGGAGCAUCGCGUUUGGUACUCUUUGACAGCGACUGGAACCCGUCGACCGAUCUCCAAGCUAUGGCCCGCAUUCACCGUGAUGGACAAAAGAAGCCAGUUUUCAUCUAUCGACUGCUUACGGUGAAUACCAUCGACGAGAAGAUCUACCAGCGACAGAUCACGAAGAUGGGUCUCUCCGACCAGAUGUUGGGGGAGGGCAGUGGCAGCAAGACUACCAAGGACUCCUUCUCAUUCGAAGAGCUCCGUGACAUCUUCACCGUCAGUUUGGAAACGGACGGCUGUGGCACUCAUGACCUACUUGGCUGCGACUGCGGCGGCAAAGGCGGCACGCAGUUGGACAGCGUAGAAUCUGCUGCCGAUACGCCGGAGAUUGAGAACAGCGAGAGUAGCUCGGAUGACGAGGCCUCAGCAGGCUUCAUUAGUGCCUCCCAGUUCGACCCUGAGCCAACGGCUAAGAUGUUGCGAAAGGCAAACAGAGUGCAGGCCGAGAAGCUCGCUGCGCUUAAGGAAUGGGCGCACAUUGAUGCCUUCGACACGCAAUCGGUGGGGGGGAUCAAGGACAACUUGCUUUACAAUAUCCUGCGCGAUGCCCAGAAGGCGGAUCAGUCCAAGGUGGGCAAGGCUGAUGAGGACGAGCGGCCUACUAAGAGGCUUCGCGGCGGAGACAGCAGCUGUAGCAGCCGCACCACUUCGCCAGGUGGGGAGACCACCGCUACGUCGCCUUCGCCCAAGAGCGACAGCAGCGAUGAAGACGACAGCGACGACGCUGUGCGCGUUCCGGCUCGCCGCAAGACGCGGCCUCGCAACAGCGGCGUCGGAGCUGUGGCUGACACGGGGGUCGACCGCGUCAAGAAGCACAACUUGCAUACAAUCGCGGAGAAUGACGGCGUUGGUCGAGUCUUAUACGUGUUUGAGAAGGAGGCGCGCGCGCGCAUAUAG